AUGAUCUCCGAGCCAGGAUCAAGAAUCCUCUUCCAGCCUCCAAUCCCUGUCACCGUCUUAGAGACCUACAAACUACUACUCCCAGCAACCUCACAGUCCUCUCUCAUCCCACAAGUCUUCCUCGACUCCCUCACCGUUCGCGCCACAGUCUUCGUCGAGGAGCAAAAAGCCGUCCCAUUGAAACACCACAUCGACAGGGAUGAUGCACGAUCCUGUUGCAUGGUGUUGUACUCUCCUGAGCCAGAGAGUAGACCUGUAGGGACCGUGAGAUUGGUACCUCCACCGCAUCAUCCGCAUCCUAUUGAGGGCGCGAGGUUUGAAGCACCAGGUGAUAAGGUUCCAGAAGUGUCUGCUAAGGAGCUAUUCUCUGCGCCGUUACCGAGUUAUGCAGUUGAUGGGAAGACGGCAUUGCAUGACGGGGUGGAGCCGUAUGUGAAGUUGGGACGGCUGUGUGUGGUGAAGGAAUCUCGAGGUAGAGGAUACGCGAUAUUGUUGGUGAAGAGGAUGUUGCAGUGGGUGAAGGAGAACCCGGAUUUUGCUUGUGGAGGUGGUGAUCGAGAGUGGAAGGGCUUGGUGGGAAUACAUGCAAAUGUGAGCGCGGUUGGGACUUGGAAGAAGUGUGGGUUUGUGGUUGAUGAGGGGAUGGGGAAUUGGUAUGAAGGCGGGAUGAAACAUGUUGGCAUGUUUUUGAGACUGAACUUGGAUGGGGUUAAUCAGAGGUGA